AUGGAACAAGACGACGCCCCCGGUUUUGCCCAGCAGGUCUCCGACGUCGUGCGCUCUCCACCGGCCACUCCCCCCGUCAGAAUCAGCCACAACUCACACGAGGGUCUACACUCCCAGCCAUACACGUCCAGGAAAGGCACCUUGUCACGCAGCGCGUCUCGUGUCAUUGAUAAAUACCGCCGCAAGAGAGCCACAAAUAAGUCGACGAAAGGCAAUGCAACUAGCACCAGAAUAAAUUCAAGAUGCCAACCAAAGUGUGUCGUUACUUUGAUUAACAGUUUUGAUGACAUGAAAAAGGAUCUUGUCCGUCAAACAGGGCUUCACGGCAUCCUUCAGCUGAAGUUAACUAAAGUUAACAGACAGUAUGGCGCAUGGCUUCUGAGCAAGAUUGAUGUUGAUUCAUGUGCCAUCGUAGCUGAUCUUCAUAAAGUGAUCCCCUUCUCUGCGAGGGACGUUAAUUCAGUCUUGGGUGUACCAUGCAGCGGGAGAACCAUUGAGACCUGUAACCAAGAUGAGGUAGAACGGAAUAAGAGGAUUCUUUGUGAUAUUUUUGAGGUUCCACACUUUUCACAGGUUACUGUUAAGUUUUUGGAGGCAAUUCUUAAUAAACAAUAUUCAUAUCCGAUGAGCUUAAAGGACCAACGAUCGUUCAAGGCGGCAUUUGUCCUUUAUGUCAUGACAAAGUUCUUGGCUCCGCAAUCACUAGCAAACUACAUUUCCACAAGGUAUAUCAGCGCAGUAGCUGAUAUUGACAAUAUCUCGUCAUACAACUGGGCACAGUUCAUCGUCGACGACCUCAUGAAUUCUGCCAGCUUGAUGCCCAAACGAUUUCAUAAUUCUUCUCAAGUAUCAAUUAACGGGUGUAUACUAUUCCUCCAGACAAUCUACCUGGACCAUAUUGCGCCAUCAAAUAACGAUGUCAACUGUGAAACCAGUCCUAGGAUUGCGGCAUUCGAUGAUGACCUCGUCACCCGCAUUAUCAUGAAUGACAUGAAGUGCAAACACAACAUUGGGUUCCCUUUCCCUCAGUUUGGGAAGCUGCAGGCUUCUUCUUCCAUUAAGGAUGCAAUCUCCAGUGCUGAAGGACAAUUUUCAUCUAUUUUGCAAGAUACUUCAGAUUUUGAAAACUUUUUAGAUAAUCCAGUCCGGCGGUCUGGGCAGUCACGGUGCACUUCAUUUGAACCCCACAUCAGACCUUACCCCAACAUCCUUCAGCAAGGAUACUGCUUCACCAUGCCAACAUACAAGUACGCCUGA